AUGACCUGGCGACCAGGUCAGGACGAGCAAAGAGCAGGAGUUCGCAGUCCUGGGCAGACGUGGGCUCCAGACAGGCGCAGGAGGCUGCAGAGCGUGUGUGCUCCGUGUGGAUCUGGAGGCUCCGCCGGCGGACACAGCUGCCCCCGAGAGGCCCACUCAAAACAGGUGCUGGCUCCCAUUGGGGUGCUGUGGCCUGUGCACUACCAGCUGAUACGCACAGCUGUGGUCCCCAACACAGGCUCGACCACCUGCCACCAGCUGCUCACCAACACCCAGAAGAUGACCAGCCUGUGGGUCUUCGCCUGCCUCAGUGCCUUUGUGGGAGCCAAUUUGGCCCCAGCCACCCCAACCCCCCCUGCGGUAUUCACCCUGGGCCCAGAAGUCAUCAAUAGCAUGCUGACCCAGGAACUGAAGGAGCAUGAUGCCACCGCCCUCCUCCAUCAGCUACCGCUGCUGAGCGCCAUAAGGCAGAAGACCACGGGGGGCAUCCCCCUGAUCACCAGCCUGUUUGGAUCCAUCCUGAGGCACAUCAUCUGGCUGAGAGUCACCUCUGCAAACAUCCUCCAGCUGCAAGUGCAGGCCGCAGUCAAAGACCAGGAGCUGGUGGUCAGGGUUCCCCUGGACAUGGUGGCCGGGUUCAACACGCCGCUGGUGAAGACCAUCGUGGAGCUCCACAUGGAGACGGAGGCCCAGGCCUUCAUCGGGGUGGAGAGCAGCCCCAGUGGCCCUGACCGCCUGGUCCUCAGAGAUUGCCUCAGCAGUCAGGGCAGCCUGCGCGUCAGCCUGCUGAACAAGCUAUCCUUCCUGGUCAACUCCCUAGCGGACAACGUCAUAAACCUCCUGGUGCCAGCCCUGCCCCAGAUGGUGAAAGAGAAGCUGUGCCCUGUGAUCCAGGCAGCUUUCGAUGGCAUGUACGCAGAUGUCCUGAAGCUGGUGAAGGAGCCUAUUUUCCUCAGUCCUGGAUUGCUGAAAUUUGAUCUUCUGUCUCCUGCCAUCAAGGGCAGUAGCAUCCAGCUCAACCUGCAGGCCAAGUUGCUGGACUCCAAGGCCCAGGUGACCAAGUGGUUCAAUGACUCCGAUACCUCCCUGGCUCUGCCCACCCAGCACAGGGCCCCCGUCAGCCUCAUCAUCAGGCAGAAUGUGGUGAGCGACAUGGUGGCUGCCAUAAUCUCUCCGGAAGAGCUUGUGAUCCUGCUGGACUUCGUGCUUCCUGAACUGGCCCGUGAGCUGAAGAUGAGCAUCGAGGCCAUCAACAAAACGGCCGCGAAUAAGCUGGGCCCUACCCAGAUUGUGAAGAUAGUCAUGAGCGACAACCCCCAGCUCUUCCUGAGCCAGGCCGGUGCCAAGAUGGCCCAGCUGAUCAAGCUGGAAGUGUUUGCCACCAAUAAAGACGUCCGGCCCUUCUUCACCCUGGGCAUUGAAGCCAGUUCAGAAAUUCAGUUUUAUGCCGAAGAUGACCGACUUAUGCUCAACUUUAAUGACAUCAGUUUUGAGCGGAUACGCCUGAUGAUCUCCGAUAUCAGUUUGUUCAACCCGGAUGUCCUGAAGAGUGUCCUCACCAAGAUCCUCAGGGAUACGCUGCUGCCCAAUGAGAAUGGCAAAUUAAGACAUGGGAUCCCCAUGUCAGUCUUGAAGGCCUUGGGAUACAAUGUAGCCUCGUGGUCUGUGGCCCAGGGUGCUCUCGUGCUCACCCCAGCCUCUGUCUAGGAUCCUCUCUCGCAGUGAAGACUGGACGGACCAGCGGGGUCCCAGCAUGGAGUAUGGGAGCCCGCCCUGC